UACGCAGUAACAUCGGAACGCGUAGGCCUAACUGGCGAUGUCUUGCAAAACUAAAGAGUUAUUUACAAUCUUGGUACUAUUAGCAGUUGCAGUUCAUCUCAAUUGUGGAUCUUUAAACGCCAAGGAAGCCACUGGCUAUUCUAGAAGAAGCAUCUAUGACUUCAAUUUGGCAGACCAAAUUAGAUCUUCACGAGGACUCCGGAGCGCCGGUUUGGAAUUUAACGCCACAAAUUCAAGUUCAAGUGGGCGACACAACGAAACGCUGCCACUUGAAGAGAAUAAACACAUGUACGAAUUUUCUAUGCGACCCAACGACAGUUUACCUACUUUCUCGCCCAAUGAAAACAGUUCACUCAUCAGACGUUUCCACAAAAGAGCUUUCCAUACCGACGCUAAAUUUCAAGCGGACAGCGCAGCAUUUGAGGGACCAGGGACUUCCGGGAAUAUGUAUAUAUCUCAACACAGGUCUAACCCUCAAGACACAGAUUUGUGGCUUGUUGUAAAACCAUCAGUGCAUUGUUCAGGAGAUGCAAUGACUCUAACAGCCCAAAGGAAAGAAUUCACCCACAUCCUUGUGGACAGAGCGGAUGCUUCCCCAGUACAUUUGUACCAGUUACCUGCAAAUUGUGGUUACACUGUCAGAGUUACAUGGAAAGAACUUGUGCUAAUGGCCCCGUUUGAUGGGUGCUACAUCACACAGGAGAAUGGUUUUCAUGUUCUUUCACUGCUGUGGUGGGGCAAACCCAUAAAGAUCUCCUGCCCCAUGACACAGAUGACCUCACAACCAACUUCUUCUGUCCUCUGUUCCUACUUUGGCAUGAUCAUUCAAAUAGAAGGUGCUCAAGAUGCUGUUGAGAAACACAGAGUUAUGGUGAAUGGGGAGGUACUGCCUCUCUUAUCCAAGACGUGUGCAUACCGCAUAAAUUCUCCCCCUGAUGUUGUCGUUCUUCAUACUGCUUUCACCUCAGGAUGUGUGAUUUCGGUGGAUGGAGAGAACAGACUUGUAAUCUUUGUGGAUGGAAAGCAGUUCACCCUUUCUUGUCCACACCCUCACCUUUCUCCAUUUCUUCCCAACCUUCAAUCUCCUACAUUCUAUCAACAGCCAAAAUUGGAACAAAAACCUUUAAUUCCUCAUGUUCCUACUUCUGUUGCUAAUGCCAUGCGGCAGCCACCUAAACCAGAAAUAUUCAAACCCCCAAUGGUACCUCACUUUCCUUACAAGGCACCUUUGGUUCCUCAGUUUUACCCUGAUCAUAGCAAACAACCUCUUAAUUAUGUUCAGAGCUUGUACCCCAUCCAACAAAAGUACCCACCCAGUAUUUACCAACAACCAAAACCGGUUCCCGUACGUCUCCAGGCACCUCCAGACAACUCUGGUUUCUCCACACAACAAUAUAUUUCUCUACCACGAUUGCCUGCCGCUGCUUCUCCCAUAUCUCAUGGUACCCAACAUCAGGCUCCUAUUGCACCGUACCACCCAGUGAUGCCCCCCUUGCACUAUUCACCAUAUCAAAUUUCCUGUCCCCCAUACCCUGAGAUGUUCUGUUCUCAGUCCCCCGUUCUUUACCCCCAAUAUCAUCAGACAUUAAUGAGACCUGCUGCACAACCAACCAUCAAACCAAUGCCAGAGGUGUCUUUCUUUCCACAACCUACAUACGUGCCUUUGACCCCUGUUAUGCAAAACGUCCUGUUUCCCCAACUUCCAAUCUUUCCUUCAGUUCCCCCCAAGAUCUCAUCUCCAUCACUUAGUUGCAUAAGGAAUAAAAUGACAGCAACUUUGCCCUAUGCCCAAAUAGACUCUAUUAAAGUCAAAGAUACGAGGACAAAUACUUGGAUCUCCAUUGCUGCUGUUUCAUCAGCAUGUAAUUACAAAAUCAUCUCCAGAGGUGGUGCUGUUGUGCUCUCGUCUCCACUGCCUGCCUGCCAUACACAACAAAUGUCCUCCUCCAUGAUCUCUCUAUAUGUAAGGUUCUGGGAUUCCUCAUUGCUGCGAGCCAGGACCCUACAGCUUCAAUGUCGGUACCUUGGAGAUGUAGAGACGCAAUCUCCUGUUCUUUAUGGUACACCCAAACCUUUGUCCCAUUAUCCUGCUGGACCAACCCCUGAAGAAGUUCAGGUGUUUUGUUCUAGCCAACAUAUGAGUGUCAGCGUGCCACCUGGACCAACAUCUGGCCUCGUUGUAGAAGCACCCUCCAGUGGGAUUAAUACACAAACGAGAGCCGUGCCUCUUUUAGAAGCCCCAAGUCAUUGUGGGUACUCUUUGCAAAGAAACAGAGAAGGUGCCAUAAACAUCCAUCUGCCUUUUUCUUCCUGUCACAUGACUCAGCAGGAUGGGCAGCACAAAAUAAUAUUACAAUAUCAGACAUCGGAUGGACGCACGUUUGAGGCCUUGCUGUCGUGUCAAGCUUCGGUCAGUCAGGAGUGCAACGUUGCCAUUGACCAGCAGCUGAUCUGUGGUUCUGGAGCUUUAUCUUCAACAGAGUGCUAUGACAAAGGUUGCUGUUUUUCGUUAGAUACCCAGCUCUGUUUUUAUCCCAUGGAUGAAUGCACAGUGGAUCGCCAUUUUGUUUUCUCGGUUCACUCCUCCCUCGCAAAUCCGCCCUUUUCGCCAGCCACCCUCGUCACUGCUGGAAACAGCUCUUGCUCACCGCACAAAGUUACUGCUGACUUUGCCUUGUUCAAGAUACCUCUGGAUGAAUGUGGUGUCCACAGAUAUGAGGUGGGCAAAACCGUGAUCUACAUGGUAGAGAUCCUGAAUAGACUGCAGUCCGUCAGUUUAAAUUAUGGCACCAUUACCAGAGACUCACCUGUAAGGUUAUUGGUUGAGUGUCGGUAUUUUCCUGGCUCUGUGGUAAGUCUGGGAUACCUGGUGAAAAGUCCUUCCCUCGGACCUUCUAUCAAAGCUCAGGGGGUGUUCGGGGUUCAGCUCAGGAUUGCAAAAGACGAACACUACAACGACUUUUACCCACAAUACCACCAGCCCCUGCGUAUGCUGCUGGGGAAACCCCUUUACCUGGAAGUGCGUUUGCUAAAUCCUCCAGACCCCACUGCUAUGCUGUUGGUGCAUUACUGCAUUGCCUAUCCACGCUCUGCAAAAUCUGCAUGGAUCCUUAUCUAUGAUGGGUGCCCAAAUUCUCUUGACAAGGCUCCAACACACAAGCCACCUGCCACCCCUGCAGAAACUCUGACCAAUCACGCUCGGCGUUUCACCAUCACUACUUUUCAGUUCCUGCAUGACCAUGACGUCUUACAAACAGAUGAGGAGAUUUAUUUUAUGUGUUCAACUGAGGUUUGCCUGCCCUCAGAUGGUCCAUGUAUUGAGGGCUGCUUUGAAGAUCCUGCUAAUGUGAAGUCUUGAGAGAAGACUAUUCAUUUCUGACACGCAGUGCACAGUGGCACUUCAGCAAAUACAAACAAUAAAACUGUAAAACACUGUCAUAUUUCAGUAAUACUUGAUCAGAAUGUCUCGUCUCACAAUAAUAACUG